AUGUCUUGCGGAAGCUCUCAGUACAACGCGGAUGCAUCAGCAGUCCGCACAGCCCUGGCCACAUUGGCAGCUCCGAAUCCAACACUUGGGUCUUAUGGUGUCGUAGAGUUUUACAUCACCUGCAACCCUCCAUUACUCCCACUUGGUGUCAAGCGUAUCAUUGAAUCUGCCCAAUCGGCCUGUCAGGGCAAACUUCUCGAGAUACUGUAUGAGCCAGAAAUACCCUGGUUCAAAUGUAUCACGGUGACUGAGUUUCAGAGCCGAGUUUCCGAUAUCAUCCAGCAUCUUUUGCACAAGCUCCUGAAAAAGGAGGUCCGACCACUAGAUUUUAACGUGGUAGAUUCUGAUGUGCGUGAGGGCACGUUUCAUCCAGAUGUCGUCUCCAGGGAGACCAGUGAACCUCUCAUAAUUCCAUGGGUGGUCCUCAAGUCUAUCGGUAACGACAUUUAUCAAGACUUUGAGGAAUACAGAUUUCCUGCAAUACUGGGCCAACUACCUUUCAAGACAGUGUGGAGAGGGCUGCAGAAUUCUACUGGAGUCUCCAUCGAUACGCUGUUGUCCGUCUUCUCCCGCGUUUCAAAGUCCGAGAACGCGCCUAAUAAUGUGGUUGACUUUGCAUUUCACACGAAUUGCGAAAUGUCGCACAACCUGAGGGAGAAUCUAAUCUACAUCGGAUCCUGGCAGUCAAUGGAUCUGGUUGAUAGAGCGGUCCAAAGGCUUCGGACGAUUCUGAAUCUACUGGCAAGUAAACCAAAGGUAUCAUCGCACCUGAUUCUACUCGAGGGACCUGCGGCUACCAAACUCACAUACAGAUGGAUGUCUCACGUUGGGUUAGUCAAGGCGACCUUUGCCGUUCGGUCUGGCAGCUUGGCUAUUGCGGACGAGUACAAGUAUCUCUCGAACGCGGCUGUCAUAAGGACUCACACUCGAGAUAGAACCGGCCGUUGGAUCACUGAUAAUACUGUUUAUCCGCUGAAAGAUACACGCCAGCUCGAAGUGGGACAGACAUUCAACGCCUUCAAGGGUUACAUUUUGCCUACCAAGAAAAAGAACGCCAAGGUUCAAGUAGUACAUAACUGGGAUUAUCCGAAAGAUCAAGCCAUCCCGGCAUCAGCUGAAACAAGGGCAUCCAGUGCCUUUCGUGGACCUGUGCAAAACAGUCAAAGCGUCCUUAAUGACUCGGUGGUGGACGAUAACCUGGAGCCAACCUCCCCUGUAUCUGUCAACAAUGGCUACAGAGUAGCACAGAAUCAAGAGCUACCCAACGACCAGAAGCUUCUCGCUUCUCCAAAAUUUCAGGAUGUGGAUACAUUCGUAAGAUCUACGCGGCGACUGGCCAUUACCGAGAACGAGUACUCCCACAUGUUAGAGCCAUCAACAACAACAGGCGCUGUAUCAGGCCUAGGAGAAUUGGAGAGCAUGAUUCAAUAUCCAAUUGCGGUGUCUGACUGCGACCAGGAAGAUCUUCUCAUCUUUCUCAGCGACUCAGACGAGGAAGUUCCAUGUGAAGAUGAAAUGCUCGGCAGUGCGGUUCGGAGUACAGUUGCAGACCUUCAAGAAGUGAAUGAAGACAUCAUCCGGUUUGAGCGAUUUGAACGUUCCGAUGACCUAAUAUGGCUAGACGAUGAAUCGCAGACACAGCAGUCGAGUUUGGACAUUGCCUAUGAGGGCUCUCCAUAUACUUCUCUUCAAAGCUGCGAACCCUCCGAGCUUGGGACUGAGACCGAGACAGAAAUUGCUACCAUUGUGACAGAAAGUAACCCCCUGGAAGUUCAGGAUCACGCUGCUGCGCAUUUUUAUACUGGUGGCAAGGCCCAAUUUGGUUUGAUGGAUGCUCGUGAGCACAACUCGGCGAAUGUUUCUACCAAAGCUCAGAAGCAUGUUCAAAUGGGUAUUUCGACAAGUGAUCUGGUCGAGUUGGCGGGCACUGAGGCGCAUGACGUUGGUGAUCUUGUUGACUUUGGAUUACUUGAGGAAAAGCCGAAAGAGUUCUUUCAGACCAUGAAUCAGAGAGGCGGCCGUAGCAUCACCAACUCGUCUCAGAGAACUCGUUCUCCUAGAAGGACUGGUUUGAAUGCCCACCAGGGACCAGCCCCAAGAAAUCAAAAUGCGCGUUCGGCUUCUAUGACACCAAGGGAGCCCAGAGUUGACGCAGAAUUCGACUCCAACUUUCCCGUGCUUGGAGCACCAAUGUCACCGAAGCAGACAAAGCAGACGAAGCCACAGCUACGAUAUGCUGAUGCUGCCAGGUACCCAAAUGCUCCAUCGCAAAGGCCACCACGACCUGCCAAUGCAAAUGCAGGCCCCAGUCGACCCAAUCCGACUCCUUCAGUGGAAUCGGUGGUAUUGUCUUCUAAAACGGGUGAGAGUUCAAAGGAACCGAAACUCGAGGAUUGCAGUAAGAACGGUUGGGAUGUCCCGCAAGGAAAGAGUGAUGUCCUGCGAGACGCAGAGAAUCAGCUUAAGAAAAUGUCGCAAAUUCUUGAGUUGGCCUCGGGCUAUGUUUCCCUGGAAGUCGUUUUUGGGCGCAUAUAUAUCAAGCAAAUGGCCCCGAGCUUCGUAAACCACACAGGUUCUGGCCCGGUGUUUGCAACAAAGGAUGUGACUAACCUCUUGAAUGGCGAGAAUUUCCGACAAGACCGUAUUGGCUUCUCCCCUAUUCUAUCGACAUCGGAAGGUGAUGCCAAUAUGUUGGUCAGCAUUACGCCACCAGGUGAAACCCCGUGGAACUUGUUUGAGAAGGAGACUUGGUACGAUUUCCAGUGCACCUACUUUGGUCCAAGAGGCGAGGAGUCCAUCAUCAUCGAAUUAAACGCCCAAAAGUUUCAAUAUCGAGUCCGGGGUCCGCGCCACGAAAUAUUUGCAAUCCACCUCCAUUGCCCCCAACGAGCUUGGGAUAUGAAGGCACGCGGAGUCCGUUCGAGGGCUUUGGAGCCUGAGUAUGCAUUGAAAUGUUACGUCGAGUCUCUAAUCGACGAGAUGGAAAUCUUGACCAAUGACAAGGGCGAUGUGACAAUUCAGUACCCAGAUUAUAAUGGUACCCGCGAACUCGAGGCCGUCACCAUGCGGCGAGUUGCACGAUAUUGCCACGGAAAGAAGAAAGAUCAUAGUGUCCUCACAAUCACCAUGAGCUACUCAAUGGAAGAAAGUCUGUCCAGCGGCAGACGAGGUGCAGGGGCAGUUCGAGUUUUUGCCUGCCCUAAAACUUCGUUGAACAGUGCUUUGCCUCAGAAGUAUUUUGAGGCCAGCCUAACGUCUUCUCGUCUGCGCCACCACUUUAAUCAAAAUGUCAAUUUGGAGUAUGGUGACAAGACCACGUGGAAUACCGACCAGCUUGAGACUGAAAAUGUCUUUGAAGACAUGCUCAGGCCAGCCUUUGGGAUGGUUUCUCACAUGGAUCAUAUUGGAUCUUCAAAUGACACCAUGAGAGGCGUCACUGACCAGGAUGCGUUCCACGAAUCAUUGGUGGAAGUAGAUGUGAAGAAGAAGAACAAGAAGUGGGCGUUUUGGUGA